AUGGCGUCCAUUAAAUGCAAGUUAAGCCGUGAAUUUGCCGUUGGCAAGACUCGUUUAUCAAGCCAAGGUUAUACAGAAUAUCAAAUUGAAUAUCAGGUUGAAAAUCAGAGUGAUGAAGGCCAACUUAUGCAGAAGAGUAAAUGGUGCCGAUUUAGAGAGAUUAAAAAGCUACAUCGCGACUUACAAACUUUGUAUACACAAAUUGCCACCAAAGACUCCGGAAGCUUCCCUAAAUUUCCUCGUGGCUCUUAUUUUGGUCGUUUUGAUGAAGAAACGAUCAACAGUCGGCUUAUAGCAAUACGAAACCUUUUGUUAUUUUGUAGCAAGAUUGAUUAUCUAUAUGGAAGUGUACAUUUUCAACAAUUUUUUAUGGAGGAUUUUGAUAAUGAAUAUACACAAAGUCAAAAUAUUAGCCCUUCCAGUAGUAGUAGCGAUGUUAAACCACUAAAUGAUGAUUCUGAUUAUCAGGAUGAUCAUUUAGAUGGACAUGGUAAUAAAAGAGACAGCAAAAUGUCGGAUAUAUCCAUAGCAAGUACUACUGAUAAUGAUGGUGAUGAAGGUCCGUUAGACACCUCUCAGCAACGUAAUCCCCUAGGUGGUGUUUGGUUACAUAAAAGAGAUGAUGACAUAGAAAGCUCAGACGAAGAAAGCAAUUCUAUUCCCCAUGAAAAGAAACUUACCGACGACUUGAAUAGACUCACCAUUGAUGAAGAUUUCUCGCUAAUAGAUGAAACCGCUAUAAAGGUAACCGGUAUCCACACCUUAGACCAGGAGAAAAAUUUAAUUGAUUUUGGAGCCGACAAUGAUAAAAAACUUAGCGAUUGCAUUCAACCAGCGGACAACUCCGUAGAUAGUAGUGAUAUCCAAGAUGAUGUGGAUAAAGAAGCAGAAGAUAUAUCUGUAAAUGAUUUAGUAAAUGAAUUAUUAGCCAUCGAUGUACCGACUCAUCUUAACCAUUCCGAAAACUUACUACCAAGCGAUAUGAACACUAUUAACGAAAGCCGAGAGAAGCCGAUCGACAAUGGCGUAGUUGAUGAACAUUCUGCACAAUCAACCCUUUUAUUCGAUCCUUUGGAGAUAUCUAAGGCCACUGAAGACAUCAGUAGUAUCCCCAAGGAUGAUCCUUUUGCGUUAUUUUAUGAUUUGAAGCGUGACAAAAAGCCUAACAUAAGUGUUGAUCCUGUCGAUGAGGAUGCAAAAGACCCCUUGCCUGAACCAAAAAGAGAUACCUUACCAAACUCAGAGACUGUACUAAAUUCAACAAAUAAUGGCCAAAGUGAAAUCCAAACCGAAAGUCAUUCACCAAGUCAAUUGGAAGAAUCAAGUAAAAAAUUUGAGGAAGUAGACUAUAUAUAUGACGCAGCAAAAUUUAUUGUCCAGGCUGUGCGAGAAGAGUCCAAUUGUAAUUAUAGUGAAAGUUUCACCUUAUACAAAGAAGGUAUAAGAUCCUUACUAGCUGGAGUUCAGACUGACAGUGACUCUAAACGUCGUGAUGGUGUUAAGAGGAAAAUUGAAUUUUACAUUUCUCAUAUUGAGAAAAUGUACAUUUCACAGUUAGCUGGUAGCGAAGGAAAAGAUUUGCAUGGAAAUCAAGAACUUCCAUCAUCCGUUCCUACUUGUAUGAAUUUAAGAUUAGAGCUUAAAGAUUUUAAAGUUAUUGGUGUAAUCAAUAAGGUUCUCCUAGCGCAGCAUUUUACUACCGAAGAAGUAUUUGUAGUCAAGGUUCUCCACAAAGGUCCAAAAAUUCAUACUAAGAAGGGAAAAAAGCUACUGACACCAGUGGAGAGAGCGAGAAUGAGAUCUAAUAGUAUCAUGAAAUCGAUGGGUUGUCCAUUUAUGGUAAAGUUAUAUCGCUGGUUUGAAACAGCUACUAGCUUAUUUUUGCUAAUUGAACACGUUCCAAUGGGAUGUCUAUAUAACUCAAUCAGCAAUUAUUUACGUCUUGAAGAAGAAGAAAGUUUAUGGCGUAUUCGUCGGUCUAAUAAGGAUACUCAUAAUUUGAUUGGUGCUAACCAAUAUACUCAAGAAAAGGAUCAAGUUUUAGAAACAGUUCAUGAUGAAGGUCUACCUCAAACCUCAGAAAUUGAAGAUUCUGUAGCGGAUGAAUCAGAAGAAACAGAAGAGAGUGAAAGAACACGUUCAUCGACCGCUACGCGUAUAUUUGCAAUGUUAGACAAUUUGGAAAGCAAUCCCAGAAAGAAAUUACCGGAAUCCUAUAUUCAAAUUUGGAUAUCCGAAAUUAUUUCAGCUCUCUCAUAUCUGCAUUCAAUUAAUAUAAUUUGGAAGGAUUUUGGACCACAAAAUAUCUUGUUAGACGCGAAUGGUCACGUUAAAAUAACAUUUUACGGAGAAUGGGAAGAAGUCACUCAAACUAUAGCUCCUGAGAAUAUUAAAAGAUUAUAUUGUGCCCCUGAAAUAGGUAGUAUUACCCCUCCAACUCCUGCAUCAGAUUGGUGGAGUGUAGGUGCUAUAAUGUAUGAAAUGUUAACUGGCCGAAGUUUGUACCAUUCAUUUCCACGUGGUCUACAUACUCAUACUGAGAUACAUCUGCCAGGUCAUGUUUCUGCUGAUGCUCAAUCCUUGGUAAAAGAGCUAUUACAAAUCAAUCCACAUCAAAGAAUCGGUGGUGGACGUAAUGGUGCAGAAGAAUUGCGAUCUCAUUCAUUUUUUAAUGGCGUCACUUGGCAGUGA